CACAUUACGUUUAUUUUAACGUUACCCAGGCGCCAGUUUCACUAAAAGCCAAGACUCAACAAGGCGAUACUCCAGCUACAUUUGAUUUAGCUCAACAUUCAGCUAACGAUUGCUACAUUUCUAUUUUGCAUAAGUUUCGCUUCUUUAUUAGUUAAAGCUGGACUGGCUAAUGUUAAGCUGUUUGGUCAUGUUUGUUUUAUUCACCUGAGCAGUGAAUAAAUAAGCACAGACUAACACUUUGGCUAAUGUAUUCAAGUCCAGUUAGUACUCUAAGCCUGUGCAUAAGUGAUACUCUUCUUGGGACAAUUACAUUCUCAUAUUGAGUAAUGCCGUUCCACUUCUGCCCCCAGUGUGGGACAAAGCUGAAGCCUGGUUUUAAAUUCUGUCCAUCGUGUGGGGAGAAGCUUCCCUGUCCUGUUGAUGAGUCUGCACCUGUGAGCUUGAGGCAGUCUUUAAGUUUCUCUCCUCCCAAAAAGGAUGAAGCCGUAGUUAAUUCAAGCCUCGCUUCAAGCUCCAUUUGGAAGCCCACGGAAAGCACAGUCGGUGCAUGUAACGCCUCAACUCUAGUUACAACUCGUCCUGCACUGCGAAAGACCCGUAACGCCCUUCGUCUAGACAAAGAACUUAAAUUCAACAAUAAAGAUGCCCCUCCACCUGUGGUGCCCUCCACUAGUCCUGUUAGAGGGGACAGGAUCAAAGAUAACGGUGAUGGAUUGGUUGGAACUCCACCAAAGCAGCACACAGUCCCUUUGAAGCUCGACACAGGGGCGGAGCCAGCUUCAGAGUCUUCUCCUGUCCUGAAGUUCCCUCGACCUGUGAGGGGAAAGGCAAAACUCUCCAGCCCCGUUAAGCAGGUAGAGGGAAAGAGGCUGAUGGAUAAAACGAGUAGGAAAGCAGAGGAGUCAGCGGUCGACAGCUGUCCUGUGGCCGCCUCUUCCUCUGUUUCUUCUCCAAUCUCCAGGUCACCUUUAAAAGUGACAGGAAAAAGCAAAGCCAAGAAGGCAAAGCAUGUGUCCGCUGUGGAGCCUCUACGGGAAGGUGAAGAGGUGACGGACACAGUGGGCAAGAAGUGGAGGCUGGUGAAACUGCUCAGUCAGAGCACGACAGAGCUCAUCUACGAAGUUUCACGAUCCCAUUCCAAGGAAUCAAAGGACAUCCUCAGACUGGGAGCUAAAGAUGGAAGAAUUUUCAAUGAGCAGAACUUUCUGCAGAGAGCCGCUAAACCUGCGUCAGUGGACAAGUGGAUCAAACUAAACAAGAUGGAUUUUCUGGGGAUUCCUUCCUGUGUUGGCUUUGGUCUUCAUUCAGAGUCCUACAGGUUUCUGAUUUCCCCCAACAUGGGCCAGUCUCUCCAGUCUGUCAUGGAGGAAGAAGCAGAGCUUGUGUCUGAGAAAGCUGUCCUCCAGCUCGCCUGCAGAAUAUUAGAUGUGCUGCAGUAUAUCCACUCAAACGAGUACGUUCAUGCUGACAUCAAUGCAGAAAACAUUUACAUCAAACCAGGACAGAAGUCACAGGUAUACCUAGUAGGAUACUGCCACGCCUUCAGGUACUGUCCAGGCGGACAACACGUAGAGUACCGUGAAGCCAGCAGAACACCACACGAGGGCACCAUUGAGUUCAUCAGCCUGGACGCACAUAAGGGAGCAGCUCCGUCUCGACGCAGUGACCUGCAGUCUCUGGGUUACUGCAUGCUGCGGUGGCACACGGGGGCGCUGCCGUGGACCCCCCUCACUGACCCGGACCAGGUAGCCACUCAGAAACAGAGGUUCACUGAGGAUGUUCCUGCGUUGUUGAGUCACUGCUUCGGGAGGAAGGGAGUUUCCAGUGCAUUUCAAACGUACCUGACUGAAGUGAUGACUCUGCAGUACUCUGAGCAGCCGGACUACUCUGCUCUGAAGGCUGGACUCAGUGCUGCUUUGCUGCAGCUUGGGGGGUCACUGGAGCUGCCGCUUAGUUUUUAGAUGAGGACUCAUCGCUGCAGCUCAGAAACAAAGAAAUGGAACAAAAAGAAGACCAUUUUUCCAGAUUUUUAACUUGUUUUUAUCAUGCUGUGUUUUAUCUGUUUUAUUGCACUGAAUGUUUGAGUGUUGUAGAGUUCAAUGUGUGCAAAUGACACUUGUGUUCUUUCAUUGGGUUUUGAUUGGGAUCAUCAUGUUACGCAUAUGUUGUUUUGGGUGUUUUUAACAUUAUACGGUCAACGUGGAGCUCACUACAAUGUGAGCGCGAUGCAAGUUCUCAAUAUUUGUUGCACACAUGUGUUUUGAAGACACUUUGUUAGUUAAAUGUGUCGGUGUUCCUCUUAACGGGUUGCUUGUUGCAACUGUUUUUGACAUGAACUGAACAUUUCCUUAAGACGAGUCAACACACAGAUGUAGAUUAACACAAAACACUUCCUCAUAUGUCUGCAUCGGUAGUUUGCCUGAAUAAAACAGUGCCUUAGUGUCCUUUGACUUCACCAGAAACACCAUCAUUCAUUCAUGUUCUUAAGAGUACAUCUUCACUUCAUGGCGUGUUUGAAUAAAUUGUUCUUGAGGA